GUGGACGGGGAGGGCGAGGCGGUGAGGGGCGAGCGGGACUGGCGGGAGUACUGGCGGCUGCUCUUCAGGAAGAUCACUGUAAAAGAUAUUGAGGACUUCGAAAAGAGCUAUAAGGAUUCCGAGGAAGAGCUAGCUGAUAUUAAAGCAGCGUACAUGGAUUUUGAGGGUGACAUGGACAGAAUAAUGGAGUCUGUGCUGUGUGCGGACUAUACAGAUGAACCAAGAAUAAGGAAAAUCAUAGCGAAAGCCAUCGACUCUGGAGAAGUCCCAUCCUACAAAGGUUUUGUGAAAGAGUCUAAGCAGAAAAUGAUUGCAAGGAGGAGGCGGGCAGAAAAAGAAGCUAGAGAGGCAGAAAAGAGUAAAGAUGAACUGGGCCUUGGUGAUGGAGAUGAUGACUUGAAAGCGCUGAUUCAGAGCAGAAAUAAAGAUCGAAAAAAGGAAAUGGAUGACUUUUUGGCCCACCUGGAAGCAAAAUACGGGAACAAUGCUAAAAAAGGAAGAAAGAAGACUGCAGCCAAGAAAGGAAAGAAAUAA